GACGCGAAACGGAUCGUUAACGGUUGGUGGAACACCAAGGUAGUUCAAGAACGGUUCUGAGUUAUUCAAAGUUGCAAGUGUGUUGCUAGCCGUAAGGUCAGAACAGUAGCAGAAGGGUGUAGCGUUGCGUGACUAGUGAGUUUAGUGCAUAUUUGUUUUGAUAAAAAUGACCACCUACACCGACAAGGGCUCGAAACCGGACGGCGGAAAGUUCCUCUGCUUCGAUCACAUCACCUUCUACGUGGGCAAUGCCAAACAGGCGGCCAGCCACUACACGACCCGCAUGGGUUUUACCAACCUGGCCUACCAGGGACUGGAAACCGGAAACCGCCGUCUGGUCAAGCACGUGGUCCGCCAGAACAAGAUCGUGUUUGUGUUCGUUUCCGCCUACGAACCGGACAAUACCGAACUGGGUGCGCAUCUCGUGCGCCACGGAGACGGAGUCAAGGACGUGGCCUUCACGGUUGAAGAUCUGGACGUGAUUGUGAAGAGGGCGAAGGAACGUGGGGCCGAAGUGGUUCGAGAUAUCUGGGAGGAAAGUGACCAGUUUGGAAAGGUAAGGUUCGCCACCGUCAAGACCUACGGCGACACCCAGCACACGUUCGUGGAGAGAAAGAACUACGGAGGACUUUUCCUGCCUGGCUUCAAGGCCCCGCUGUAUGAUGACGUUCUGUUGAAGCAACUGCCUCCGACGCAUUUGAACUUUAUCGACCACGUGGUCGGUAAUCAGCCGGAUCUCCAGAUGGAAUCGGUGGCCGCUUGGUACGAGAAGGUUUUGAUGUUCCAUCGCUUCUGGUCGGUGGACGACAGCCAGAUUCAUACGGAAUACUCCGCCCUGAGAUCGAUUGUCAUGACCAACUACGAGGAGACGGUGAAGAUACCGAUCAACGAACCGGCCAAGGGGAAGAAAAUUUCACAAAUCCAAGAGUACGUGGACUACUACGGAGGUGCCGGAGUGCAGCAUAUCGCGUUGAACACUAGCGAUAUUAUCAAGGCUAUCGAGAAUCUGCGAGCCAGAGGAAUGCACUUUUUGUCGGUUCCGAGUUCGUACUACGAUCAGUUGAGGGAUCGUCUGAAGACCAGCAAAGUCAAGAUCCAAGAGGACAUGGACACGCUGCAAAAGUUGAACAUUUUGAUCGAUUACGACGAGAACGGAUAUCUGCUGCAAAUCUUCACGAAGAACAUGCAGGAUCGUCCGACGCUGUUCUUGGAGGUUAUCCAGAGACAUGGCCAUAACGGUUUCGGCGCCGGCAACUUCAAGGCACUGUUCGAAGCUAUCGAAACCGAUCAGGACAAGCGUGGAAAUCUGUAAACGGACAACCGGAGCGAACUGCAUGCCAACGUAAAUACUUGCCAUACGCCCGGAGUGCACUCAUCCAUCCUAUGUAGUUAUUUUCUUAUGUUGUUAGUACCGUGAAUGUUACCUUAGAUCUAGUGUUAAGUCAGUAUAUAAGUAAACCGUUCUUGUAGUAAA